UUUUUUUUGCACAAGAAGAACAUUCGUCUGUUCUACCAACCUCUUUUGUUCACAGCCCGCUCUCGGUUACCGCUAAAAUACGGACAACGUGUAUCUAGCUAGUUACCGGGGAAUAACAUAAAGCUAGUAAACGUCAUACAGUGUGUUGUUUUGGGGUACUGCCGACUGCUUUGAAACUAAGUGAAUGAAAGCUUUGCAGAACGUGAGCGACAUGAGUUCCGACGCUAAGCCCGAGCCUAAAAAAGGCAAAAUGGAGAAUGAAAGCAAAUAUCUCCCCGAGCUUCUGGCAGAAAAAGACAGCCUGGAUUCGUCAUUUACUCACGCAAUGAAACUGAUAUCUGCAGAGAUUGAAAGGAUUCAGAAAGGAGAGUCAAAGAAAGAGGCAGAAAGAGAAACAUACUUGGACCUGUGUACCACAAAGAACAUCAAGGUCAAAGAACGUGUGCUAAUUCCCGUCAAGCAGUACCCAAGGUUCAACUUUGUUGGUAAGAUCCUGGGACCCCAGGGGAACACGAUCAAGCGACUCCAGGAGGAAACAGGAGCAAAGAUCUCUGUGUUGGGCAAAGGUUCCAUGAGAGACAAGGCGAAGGAGGAAGAGCUGAGAAAGGGUGGUGAGCCCAAAUAUGCUCAUCUGGGCAUGGAAUUGCAUGUCUUCAUAGAGGUGUUUGCCCCCAUACCUGAGGCAUACCUGCGCAUGGCUCAUGCAAUGGACGAGGUCAAGAAGUUCCUCAUCCCUCAGGACACCAUGGAUGGUAUCUGCCAGGAUCAGUUCAUGGAGAUUGGCUACCUAAAUGGAGGUCAGGACUCACAAUCCAGGGGAAGAGGGGGCCCCCCAGGCAGGGGCAGGGGAGCACCCCCACCCAACUCUGCAGGAGCCAGGGGGCGAGGAAUGCCACCUCGUGGAGGAGCCCCUCGUGGUGGAGCUUCCCGAGGAGGGCCACCCAGGGGUGGGUCCACCAGAGGGGCUCCAGCUGGUCGGGGUGGACCCCCCUCCACACCCGCUAGAGGAGGCACAGCUCAACGUUCCAGACCCCCCGCACAAGGGACGCAAAGGAUGCUCCCGUCCCCAGCCCACUCCCACCAGCAGCACCAUCAGCAGCACCAACAUGCGCAACCACCCAAGGCUGAGGCCUAUGAUGAAUAUCCUGCCUAUGAAGAAAGCUAUGCUGAGCCUGCAUAUGAAGGUUAUGACAGUUAUUACAGUCAACAACCUCCACAAGCGGAUACAGAGUACUAUGACUACGGACAUGGAGAGGCUCAGGAGGCCUUUGAACCCUAUGCCCAGGACGAUUGGGAGGGUUCGUGGCCCACCACUGGAGGCAAAGCCCCUCCUGCAAGGCAGGAUAAGCGGGGGUCCUACAGAGAGCAUCCAUACGGAAGAUACUGAACGGCUCUGGUAGAGGGUUGCCCUGGCAACUGUCUCCCAUUGUAAAUCACUUUUAACUCUCUGAAGUAAUUUCCCUCUUUUUCUUUAAUUUUUUAAAAAUGGUUUGAGAGCAGGGUAAUUGGAUGUAUUGCAUCGAAUGGGCGUAGCAAGCAAAUGCAAGGAUUUUGAUAAAAAGUUUCAUUCAAUGUUUGUUUCCACUGCAUCUUUGAGUUAAGAUCUAAUUUAAUGGUUGCUUGAAGAUUUAAAAAAAAUGAAGAAAAAAAAAACUUGAUACCUUGUGUAGUUUAAUGUUCAAAAAUGUUAUUUCAGUUUGUCUGUCAUGAGAGGAUUCAGUGGCAGUUGCAGACUCAUUUAGGCUGCAUUUCAAAAGUAUUUUUAGCUAAUAAACUUGAUCAAUGACAUCAAUGUAACAUCGGCAACUUAGAAUGAAUGGGGAAGAACCUAAAUACAUUUCUGGACAAUUUUGUUUGUAUAAUCUAAAAUUCCAUAGGUUCAAUUUUUUUUUUUUUUCUUGAGUUUUGAAAUCUAUCCUUAUUAGACACUUGAGACGGUCUGUCCUAAAAUAUCUCGAGUCAUUUCAAUUUGACUUGAUUGUGUAGUACAUUCUACUAUAGAUAUAUUUUGUGAUUGGCUUACUUUAGUCUACAUCUUAUUGGGCUGACUGAUGGAAAUUCUGGUGAAUUACUCUAUUUUGUGUCCUACCAAGAUUUGGACAUGGUCUUUAUGUAAGAACUGCAGCCAACUCAAUAUUAUGUACAUAAACUAAGGACAAUUGUAUUGCUAUCUAAAGUUGUGCAGUCUCCAAAAUGCAUAGUGCUAUAUGUGUACUCUUGCCUAAAUAGGAUACUAAAUAUAUCCACAAAUGUUUUGCUGCAGUGCGUUGUAUCAAUAAAGCCUAAUUUGUUUUUGUUUUUUAUCCAACUAAACCUGGUAUUUUGCUUUUGUUGUAUAGUAAUGCCUUCCACUAAUAAAACUGAUCCUCAUUUUGAGGCUCUUCACAAAACUCGAAAACAAUCACCAGAUUAUUGCAUGUACAUAGACAAAAGCAACCAAAAAGAACAUUGCUCUAUUUUGAUAAAGAGCACAUCCUCUUCGUCUCUCUCUUUAAUAGAGGAUCUAGAAGAGACCCAUUAUGUCACGUAAAAUAACGAUGGUUCCUUAAGGUAAUGUAUUUCCAAAUACUUCGCCUGACAAUGAUAGUGCCUGGACUUGUAUUAUUUGAAGUCAAUUGUUACGACAGCCCACUUCCUCAAGCUUCCCAAUGAUCCAUGUAUUUUUAGUCAUUUGAAAUAACUGAUUUUCAACAGUAUUUCAAGUCAAGCUUGCAGGAUUCUUACUUGACUUUAAUAAAACCAGCCAGCAUGACUUUGCAUCAAAGAAAAAUAUCGCAGGGGAGAGGAUGCUAAAAGCCUAAAGAUCACGUCAAGAAGGUAUUCCGAGUAAGUCCCUCUCUGGGUUUGAGAAAGGCAUCGGACUUGAGCUGAAUAAAGUCCUCUGGGUAUAAUCCAGUGAAAGGCCUUGAAGACUGCACAGGUAACUUAAGCCUGGCAGCCCCAUGUUUUGUUUGGGGCUUAACUGUCAGGAUUGCCACAAGGCUUUUCUUACACAAGAUAUGCCCAUCAGUUUGCUAUAAAUGAGGAUGUGUGUUCGCUCCAGCACUUAUGGAUAAUGGCACUCCCUGGAAUAUGUCUGCAAGUCUCCAGAGAAAGAACAUGAGGCUUACAGUGCAUUCAACUUGAGAGGAUGAAGUAAAUGCGCUGGUUCCUGACAAAGCAGCUUGGAGUAAGAGGAACUGAGUUGUAUUCUGGGAAAUUAUGCAGACAAUUACAUUGAUAGAAGGUACAAUCUGCAAUAUCAACUUAUCUACGCCCUAAGAUUAUCAUUGCUACAUUUCCUUGACUUUAUUUUUUACCUCGUUUUACUUGUUUUUUUUUUGUGUUUGUAAAAUUGUAGUUGCCUCAGGAAGGUCUUGAAUCAUUUCUGUGCAGAAUAACCUUCCUUUCUUAAAUAAAUCUCAAUAUUCUGAUUAA